UUACGAGCGCUCCUGACACAGGCAGACACGGACAGACAACGACAGGCAAAUAGAAGAAGACACAUAAGAGGCAACACGUCUGACUGCUGUUUGUUGAUACCUGUGUAUGGGGUUGCGGUAACAGCACUGACGCAAAGGCGCUUAUGCCCCAGCACAGGAUUCCAAAGCCGCCCAGAAAUAUUCCAGUAUCAACGGCAUGAGCGAGGGCCGCCGUCUGUGGGCGGUCCUGUUCUCCCAGUCUAGACCUGAUCAUCCCUGAUGGAAGGAUGGCACACAAGAAGCGUCCCCCUUUCCCUAAGCCUGCCUUCAUUGACUCCUUCCUCCCUCCAAGCCAGACUCUGCUUCUCUCUCCCUUCCUUGCUUACAAGUGGGGUAUCGGAGCGUGAGCUUGGCAUCCGAAGGGACCUCAUCGAACUGACGAUAACACCGUCCAGGCCAAUCACGUCGGUCGAGGUCCCACCACUUCGUCCAAGGGCCGCCGUUCUCGCACGCUGCUGGCUUGUCCGACGCGGACAGGAGGCCCGUGUACUCCUUCACCGACUUGAUGCACUUCCCGUCCACCCACACACUCUUCGAAGCCUCACUCAU